GAUGAGGAUGAGGAUGAGGGUCUCGCUGCUGCUGAUGAUGAUGAUCUUCUGUUGCGGAUUCGUGUUUUGUGAUCAGAAUCAUUCGGAUCAUCAUGUUCAGAGAGUUUUUCCAGUCAUAUCGAUUAAUUACGAUUAUGUCCAGAUGCCGUUCGAGGUCUCGCUCUGGAUUCUGCUCGCGUCACUCAUGAAACUGGGCUUCCACCUGAUCCCGCAUGUGUCCGCUGUGGUUCCUGAGAGCUGUCUGCUGAUCGUGGUGGGGCUGCUGGUCGGGGGUCUGAUCCGUGUGCUGGGCGGGAAGGUUCCGGUCCUCGACUCUCAGCUCUUCUUCUUGUGUCUACUGCCGCCCAUCAUUCUGGACGCCGGAUACUUCCUUCCCAUCAGGCCCUUCUCCGAGAACGCCGGCACCAUCCUGAUGUUCGCGGUGGUGGGGACGCUGUGGAACGUGUUCUUCAUGGGUGCGGUGCUGUACGGUGUGUGUCGGCUGGAGGAGCGCCUGGCCUCGGUGGAUCUGCUGUCCUGUCUGCUGUUCUCCUCCAUCGUCUCAGCCGUGGAUCCCGUGGCGGUGCUCGCCGUCUUCCAGGAGAUACACAUCAACGAGCUUCUGCACAUUCUAGUGUUCGGGGAGUCUCUGCUGAACGACGCCGUGACCGUGGUCCUGUAUCACCUGUUCGAGGAGUUUGCGCAUGUGGGCGAGGUGACGGCGCUCGACAUGUUUCUGGGCGUUGUGUGUUUCUUCGUGGUGUCGCUGGGCGGAGUGAUGGUGGGCGGCGUGUACGGCGUUCUGGCGGCCUUCACCUCACGCUUCACGGCGCACACCCGUGUGAUCGAGCCGCUCUUCGUCUUCGUCUACAGUUACAUGGCGUAUCUGUCUGCCGAGGUCUUCCACCUGUCCGGCAUCAUGGCGCUCAUCGCGUGUGGCGUGGUGAUGCGGCCCUACGUGGAGGCCAACAUUUCCCACAAAUCCUACACCACCAUCAAGUACUUCCUGAAAAUGUGGAGCAGCGUGAGCGAGACUCUGAUCUUCAUCUUCUUGGGCGUGUCGACGGUGGCCGGGCCGCACGCCUGGAACUGGACGUUUGUCACCAUCACCAUCGUCCUCUGUCUGCUUUCCAGGAUUCUGGGUGUGAUCGGUUUAACGCACAUCAUUAAUAAGUACCGCAUGGUGAAGCUGAGUGGGAAGGAUCAGUUCAUUGUGGCUUACGGGGGCUUGAGGGGCGCGAUCGCUUUCUCGCUGGCGUUCCUGCUGUCUAGUGAUGACUUUCCCAUGAAGGACAUGUUUCUCACCGCCAUCAUCACCGUCAUCUUCUUCACUGUGUUUGUGCAGGGAAUGACGAUUCGACCCCUCGUUGACCUUCUGGCCGUCAAGAAGAGGAAACAAAGUAAAAGUUCAAUAAAUGAGGAGAUUCACACUCAGUUUCUGGAACUUUUGCUAACUGGAAUAGAGGGCGUGUGCGGACACUACGGACAUCAUCACUGGAGGGACAAGCUGAAUCGGUUUAAUAAGCGUUACAUCAAGCGGUGUCUAAUCACUGGAGAGCGAUCGCAGGAACCGCAGCUCAUCUCCUUCUACAAUAAGAUGGAGCUCAAACAGGCCAUGAUGCUGCUGGAGAGCAACAGUUCAGCCAGUCUGAGCACUGCAGUGGCCAUACCACAGCAGCGCAGCAGGAGGACGCUUAACAUCUCUAAAGAACGAGAAGAAGAAAUCAGAAAGAUUCUGCGAGCAAACCUGCAGAAGACGCGACAGAGACUGCGCUCAUACAGCAGACACACACUGAUGCCUGAUGCUGCAGAAGACGACUGGAGCGAGACACGGAUCAGGAAACAGUGCGUGGAAAUAGAGCGGCGGAUGAGCCACUUUCUGGCGGUUCCUGCGAAUCGCUCCGAGUCUCCUGCAGUGCGGAGAGGCCGCUUUGAGUCAGGUGACCUUCUCAGGUGUUUCCAAGGUCAUUCAGUAACAGAAUGUGACAUGAUGUGUUUGAAAUGUUGUCUUCCAGACAGUCGAGGUCAGACGGCCAGGCCGAGUAUCCUAGUGUCGGUCCCCGGAGACCCUGAGAAGUCCGACGGAUCCGCUCAGACCCAGAACCCGGACGGUGUGCAGGACAGCCGAGGACACAAGCUGAGCGUGACGUUUGCUCUGGGUGUGCAGGAGCAGAACCUGCCUCGGUGUUUGAGUGAUCCGGGUCCACAUAACCUGCUGGAGGAGGAAGAGCUGUUUUAUCAUAAAGACUGAGGAUCCUUGUUUGUUUGUAUUUUAUAUGCAUUUUAUGCAGUGGAAAAUUAUUAAACUAUUCUUUCUAGUGAUCUGA